AUGCAAGUGUCCCUUCACUUCCUGAUUGAUCUUUCUUUAUGCGAUUAUCCAGAGAUUAUCCGAUUAUCCGAUUUUGUGAACGAGAAGAUCUACGUCUUCCUCUGGUUCUGGUUUAUCAUUGUUGCUGCAAUUUCUGGAGUGUCUCUCAUAUAUCGGCUGCUGACCGUGUUUGGACCACAGGUACGAAUGUAUUUGCUCCGCGCAAAGUCUCGACUCUCAGAACCUCGUCAGAUUGAUGUCAUUGCCCAGAAAUGCCAGAUUGGAGACUGGUUUGUACUUUACCAAUUAGGGAAGAAUAUGGAUCCCUUAAUUUACCGUGAACUUAUUCAAGACCUCGCCCAACGUCUACAAGGGCGUGACACGGUCUAA